AGGAGGAGACAGAUCCAUGUGCUCCAUUCUCCAGCUCUUCCUCCCAGCUCUGCUGUCCCUAUAGGAUUGCACAUGCCUCUCACUGCAGGGAGGGGCAAUCGGUUACCCGGCUAGGAACUGCAGAGAGGAUUGUGCAGGAGCACCAGCCAAAAGGAUCCCUGUCUUCUAGCAGCAGGCUGAUGCAGUGCAUGAGAUCCAGUGCAGAGCAGUGAUCAUCCCCAGCGCCCUUGACAGUCCAGUGUGAGGCUUUGCUGCAGGUGACAGAUUCUGGAGCUGUCUGGCUUCUCCUCUGCUGCACCACUCUCUAUGAUUUCCGAUUGAAGCGCUCCAUCACCUAUUGCAUGUGGAAUUAGAUAACGGACUUCCUGUUUUCUCCAUCUACCUGCGGAGAGGCAAAGAAAUGGGCUUAACACUUUAACGGCCAUAGUUACGCACACUGGUUGAAGGGUUUAUCAUGGAAUGAAUUAAAAUCUGGAUUAAUGCUUCCGGAGAGAGAUCCUGUUUGGUAUACUGCAUGAUCUACAUAAAAAGGACUGAUAUGGUUUUGCUGCCUCCUUAGAACUACUGGGAUCUACCUUUGAAGAUGAGUUCAGAAGAGAAAGGCAUAUCGCCAGCUCACAAAAUAUCAACGCCAACGCACAAAAGUGCCUCCUCUUCUUCCUCCUCCCAGAGGGAUAGCAGACAGGAAGGAGACAGCUGGGAAAUCAUAGAGGGACUGAAGAUAGGACAGACAAGUGUCCAGAAACCGGAAAAACAUGAAGGAUUCAUGCUGAAGAAAAGAAAAUGGCCACUAAAAGGCUGGCAUAAAAGAUUUUUCGUCUUAGAAAAUGGUAUAUUGAAGUAUUCCAAAUCACCCAUUGAUACUCAGAAAGGGAAAGUUCAUGGGAGUAUUGAUGUUGGGCUGUCAGUUAUGUCUAUCAAGAAAAAGGCUCAGAGGAUAGAUCUGGACACUGAGGAGAACAUUUAUCAUCUUAAGGUGAAAUCUCAGGAUAUUUUUGAUGCUUGGGUGUCAAAGUUACGCCACCAUAGACUUUACCGGCAGAAUGAAAUAGUGCGGUCACCAAGAGAUGCCAGCUUCCAUAUGUUUCCAUCAACGUCAACAACGGAGUCCUCACCAGCAGCUAAUGUAACAGUGCCAGAUGGAAAGGUUCCACAGAAUAACUUCUUGUGGCAGUCUCCAAUCCCAUGCAGUAGCAGCCUCCCAGCCACAUAUACCACUGGUCAGAGUAAGGUUGUAGCCUGGUUACAGGACUCAGAGGAAAUGGACAAGUGUGCAGAAGAUCUGUCCCAUUGCCAGUCUAACCUGAUUGAACUUAGCAAGCUGCUUCAUAACCUCGAAAUGCUGCAAAGGACUCAGUCUGCGCCCAAUUUCAUUGACAUGCAGGCUAACUGUGUAGAUAUGUCAAAGAAAGACAAGCGCACGGCGAGGAGGUGGAGGACAAAAAGUGUCAGCAAAGAUGCCAAAAUACAACUUCAGGUACCUCUCAGUGCUUCAAUGUCCCCCGUUCGGCUGCACGCCUCCAACCCUAACCUCUAUGCAGAUGUCGAGUUUCAAACCACUCCAAGUCAUGUAACUGAUGCCCUGGAGUUUGCAUCGGAUUAUACCAAGAUGCAGGAAGAAUUUUGCUUAUUAGCGCAGAAAGUUCAUUCUCUCCUUAAAUCUGCCUAUAACACCAUUGCUAUCGAGAAGGAAAAAAUGAAGCAGAUGGUUUCCGAACAGGAUUACAGCAGUCAGAAUACACAUAUUGUGCGCCUCAGACAUUCACUUUCUCAGGCACUGAAUCACAACUCUGAGCUGAGGAGUCGACUUAACAGGAUACAUACUGAAUCUGUCAUCUCCGACCAAGUUGUCAGUGUCAACAUUAUAGCAAGUCCAGAUGAGGUCUCUAAUGAGGGCAGGCUGUCCAUGUCGGAAUCAGUGUCUGAAUUCUUUGAUGCUCAGGAGGUUCUUCUCUCUGCCAGCUCUUCAGAGAAUGAGGCAUCAGAUGAUGAAUCCUACAUCAGUGAUGUCAGUGAUAACAUCUCUGAAGACAACACCAGUGUUGCCGAUAAUGUGUCCCGACAAAUUCUCAACGGAGAACUUUUAGGUGGUGCAUUCCGAACAGGGCGAAGAACGAGUCUACCUGCUCCUUCGCCUGACACCAGCAAUAUCAACCUAUGGAAUAUUCUGCGGAAUAACAUUGGCAAAGACUUGUCCAAAGUCUCCAUGCCUGUAGAAUUGAAUGAGCCACUUAAUACCUUACAGCACCUUUGCGAAGAAUUGGAGUACAGUGAACUUUUAGAUAAGGCUGCCGAGACAGAUGAUCCUCAUGAACGCAUGGCCCUUAUUGCUGCAUUUGCAGUCUCAGGAUAUGCUGCCACAUAUUACCGAGCCGGGAGCAAGCCUUUCAACCCUGUGCUCGGUGAGACUUAUGAAUGUAUAAGAGAGGACAAAGGAUUUCGAUUUUUUUCAGAACAGGUUAGCCAUCACCCCCCAAUUUCUGCCUGUCACUGUGAGUCGAGGAAUUUUGUCUUCUGGCAAGAUGUCAGAUGGAAAAAUAAAUUUUGGGGAAAAUCCAUGGAAAUACUGCCUUUUGGAACAAUGAAUGUUACCCUUCCAAAGUACGGAGAUUGCUAUGUUUGGAAUAAAGUUACGACCUGCAUACAUAACAUCCUCAGUGGUAGACGGUGGAUUGAACAUUAUGGCGAGAUCACCAUUCACAACGCAAAGAACAGCGCUGCUACGUGUAAGAUGACAUUCAUCAAGGGAAAUUAUUGGAGCUCCAGUGUAAAUGAGAUUCAUGGAGUGGUGAUGAAUCAGGAAGGAAAGGUCGUACAUCGACUUUUUGGGAAGUGGCAUGAGGCACUGUAUUGUGGUGAUGCCCCCGCAGCAAAAUGCAUAUGGAGGCCAGGUUCCAUGCCAACCAAUUACGAACUCUAUUACGGCUUCACAAGAUUUGCCAUUGAACUGAAUGCGUUGGAUCCAGUGAUGAGCGAAUUCCUUCCAAAGACUGAUGCAAGAUUCAGGCCGGAUCAGAGGUUACUUGAAGAAGGGAAUGUAGAAGCUGCCUCGGCAGAAAAACAGAGAAUUGAGGAGCUUCAGAGAACCAAGAGAAAAUACUUAGACGAUAACCAUAUAGAAUAUAAACCAAAAUACUUCCGGAAGGUGAUUGAUACCCAUAAUAAGGAGACUUGGGUUUCUAAUGACACCUACUGGGAAGUGCGCAAGGAGCCUGGUUUUAGCAAAAUUGAAUUACCCAUUCUUUGGUGAUGCUAGACUAUGGAUUUGUUAAACCUAUCAUGAUAUCAACAAAUCAGUAUCUAUGCACAGUUCAGUUUCAUAUUAUUGCUACAAGAUUAUUUUUUUGUGAUGCUUCAUACCAUUUGCUUUUAUAUUCAUUUUUAAAAUGCUAUUUGCUUGACUGACCUGUAACAUAUCCACAGAUAUUUAGGGUGGGUUCACGCUUGCGUUAAACAGAUCUAGCAGGCUGUUCUGGCAGAGAACAGUCUGGCGGAGUUCACUGGAUCUGGCCUGGCCAGAUAAUGCCUUUCACCGCUGGUCCCCCAUGACUAUAAUGGGAUCCAACGGGGAUCCAGUUUCAUUCAUGUGAAAUCUCAGCUUUUGGCCGGACAAAAAAUGCUGCAUGCAAAGGUUUUUUUGUCUGGCCAAAAACUAUCACUUAUGCCGGAUGCCAUUAUAGUCAAUGGGGUCUGGCAGUGAACAGCAGCACCCUGCUAUGCCAGAUCCAGUGAACUCUGCCGGAUCUGCUUACCGCAAGUGUGAACCUACCCUAAGAGUAUUUGCUGCAUUUGUAGCAAGACGGUGACGUAUAGAAUCUAUGGACCUCUUACCUAGACAUCAAUUACCCCCCCCCCCCCCCAUUCCAAUGAAUGUUCCGAUACUUUUUCAUUAUCAGGACAUUUGCCAUUAAAAAAGCAUAACUGCACAGAUAUUUUGCUGUUUUGUAAAUGGAAUCUUUCCCAUGGGAAAUAUAUUCAGAUUAUAGCAAAAUUCAAUACUUCCUGGUGUUGCCUGUAUAGGUAAUUCUUGUGUAGAGUACCUACAAAUGCCUGGUCUAGUGAUAACCCACCAGGAUUUUUUUUUUGCCAUAGACAGAUUAUUAGCAAGGUCAUAUUAUUAACCCCAAUGAUGCUGAAUGGUAUGAAAAUGAUAUACCGAAAGUGAAGCUCCACCUUUAAUUUAGGGCUCACGCACAUGUCUAUAGCACGGCGUCUUAACAUUUCCGAGUUAUACGGAGCCGUCAUACAGAACCUAUAGAAAUCUGUGGGGCCCUGCUGCACCUCUUAUUUCACAGAGGUUGUCUCUGCUGGAUUCCAAAUGAAUCCAGCAAGGAAAAAUAAAACUGGGAUCCAUUAGAUGCCGAAUUAUGGAGCUAAUCCGUCCCCAGCAUGGGAAGCAUAGGAAGUCUCUACACCUCUGCAGCGCAAAGGCACAGGGGUUAAAUUUUAAUACUGUAUCCGCUACGUUGUGAGGUCUGAUUUUA